UUAGAACACAAUCACGUGAUCCUGCUGGGCUAAAGGAGAGAAGAUGCUGCAAGGAGCACUGACCAGGAGCAGCGCUAGUCUUCAAGGAGCUGUUCUGCGCCUGCGCGCCUGUUACUGACGUCUCUUCCUACACGUGCUUCUAUGUGAACUGCGCCGCUACAUGUGCGUGGCCAGACGUCAGACAAUCGAGAGCCCUGAUUGGUCCUCUCCCUGCCAUCUGACCUCCAGCUGUCCACUCAGAGCUCGCUGUGAAAGGUCGCGUCCUUGGUUGCCGGGGCGCAAGAUGGCGGGGCGCAGGAUCUUCGGGAAGCUGCGGCACAAUGCGGAGUUACCGGCCGCCCUGCUCUUACCCCCGGAGCCCCCCGCCGCAGCCUCCUCCCCGUACCCGCCCGUCGUGGCCUCCAUGACGUCUGGGAGCACGGCGUCCCGACGGAGGCGUAUAGAGGGGCACUACAGCCGGGUGCGCGCCCAGACCGAUGUGUCCGCCAAGCUGAAGCUGAUCACCGGCCUGCAGCGGCUCAAGUACGUGGUGUAUCCGCAGACGUUCGCGCAGAACGCGGACAGAUGGUACCAGCACUUCACCAAGACGGCGUACGUGCCAGGCCUGCCCGGGAGGAGCGGGGGUCCGGUCAGCCUGGGGGAGCAGGAGAUGUCCGGACUGAAGUCUAUGCUGUGCGAGGCGCUGCUGCAGGAGCUCUACUACACCACCAGGGGGCGCACCUUCCUGUACCGCAGCCAGGAGGUCUCCGCGGGGCCCUUCUUGUCCCGGGCCAUGGCCAUCCUCAGCAGUCAGUGCGCCCAGUACAACGGCCUGCUCCGCCACAGCACCCUGGAUGUGAAGCCUCAGGUGAACUUUUACUGGCUGCGUGGUGAGACCAGGGUCCCUCGUGGUCACCGAAAAGGCUGCAUAGAUCCCAUCAGAUUUCAGAUUGAUGAUACCCCCCUGGUGCAGAUCAGAGUGCCGGAACCCCUCAAAGAGUUUGUUCCUUUAGACUUUGUUGUACCUGAGGAAGUUCCUGUUGUUCCCUAUGAGCCAAGCAGGUUACCACUGUUUCCAAGGCAAUAUGACAACAACAUCUUCAUAGGUUCCAAGUUGGAUGACCCUUGUAGUUUUGGUCACACGCAGUUUCACCUUGUACCAGACAAGUACAAGAGGGAGAGGCUAGAAAAGCUGAACCAAGCACACCACACAGAAGUAUUCCUCAGGGCUAAUGCCAUAGCCAGUCUCUUUGCCUGGACAGGAGCUCAGGCCAUGUACCAAGGCUUCUGGAGUCAGGAAGAUGUCACGCGACCCUUUGUCUCACAAGGUGUUAUUUCUGAUGGGAAAUAUUUUUCAUUUUUCUGCUACCAGCUGAAUACUUUGGCUCUGGCCGCAGAUGCAGACAAAGACCCGAACCGUAAGAACAUUUGUUGGGGAACGGAAAGCGCUCCUCUGUAUGAAGCGGUGGAAAAAGAUGACAUCAAAGGAUUUAAUGAUGAAGUGUUUAGGAAGCUUGUUGACUUUUUCCUCAACUCCCCGGCAUAGCAUUAUGCCCUGAAAGAAAAGAUUUAAGCCUGCCUAGUUAUUUCAUAUGUACAUAUAUCUAUUCACGCACUUAAGUAAAUAAAAUGAAACCUCAGAUUUUUACCAUUCUGCCAGUGGUUGUGUU